AUGAAUAUUGAGUUUAGUAGUUUGUCUCAUCAUCAUCAUCAUCAGCAUAGAAGUCCAAGCUUUAAUUCUCUCAUUUCUUGCUUAACCGAGACCUGGGGUGACUUGCCAUUAAAAGUUGAUGAUUCUGAAGAUAUGGUCAUUUACAAUUUCCUUAGAGAUGCUGUUAGUUUUGGAUGGUCUCCAUUAGACUUGGCUACUUCAACUACUCCUGCUGCUUCUACUUCUACAACAACACCAAGAGCAACUAAUGUCGUUAAAGCCGAGCCAAAAGAUGAGCUGGAGCCGGAAGCCGAGCCCAUUAAAUUUGUUCAAGAAGCUGUCUUAAAUAUUGAAGCUGUUGUUACUAAGAAGGUGGUGACAAAGGGAAGACAUUAUAGAGGAGUGAGGCAAAGGCCUUGGGGUAAGUUUGCGGCUGAGAUAAGGGACCCGGCUAAGAAUGGCGCGAGAGUGUGGCUUGGGACUUACGAGACGGGGGAGGAAGCGGCUUUGGCUUAUGAUAGAGCGGCUUAUAGAAUGCGUGGCUCCAAGGCUUUGCUUAAUUUUCCUCAUAAGAUUGGGUCUAAUGAGCCGGACCCGGUUAGGAUCACGACUAAGCGUCGAGAGCCAGAGACGGGUUUGAGUGCCGUGGGCAGUGGCUCGGCUAAGAUGAGGAAAAUGUUGGUGGCUAAUGAAGCUGAGUUGGAAAGGGAGAGGGGAUAUAAUGUGUUUCAGGUUGGACACCAUACGGGGUUAAUGCCAGUUGCCGAGCAAUUAUUGGUUAGUUAG